AUGAACCCUUACAUCUUAGCCACCCUUUUGUUUGGACUUGGCCUAGGAACCACAAUUACGUUUGCCAGCUCCCACUGACUCCUUGCUUGAAUAGGACUUGAAAUUAAUACCCUCGCAAUUCUCCCUCUAAUAGCACAACACCACCACCCCCGAGCGGUUGAAGCCACCAUCAAAUAUUUCCUCGUUCAAGCAACAGCAGCUGCUACCUUGCUAUUUGCAGCAACUACUAACGCCUGACUUACAGGGCAAUGAAAUAUUCAAUACGCCUCCCACCCUUUAACUAUUACCCUAAUUAUUACCGCCCUCGCCCUAAAAAUUGGCCUUGCACCACUUCACGCAUGACUCCCCGACGUGCUCCAAGGAUUAGACCUGACCACAGGCCUAAUCCUCUCUACCUGACAAAAACUAGCCCCGUUCGCUCUCCUCCUUCAAUUAACUCCAUCCAACUCCCCAAUCCUAGUUAUACUGGGAUUAAUCUCAACCCUCGUGGGAGGCUGAGGAGGCCUAAACCAAACCCAACUACGAAAGAUUUUAGCCUACUCUUCAAUUGCACACCUUGGCUGAAUAAUUUUAAUUCUCCAAUUCUCACCUUCCCUUACUUUCCUAACUCUAGUCGUCUACCUUAUUAUAACAUCUUCUGUAUUCCUUACAUUUAUCCUAGUUAAAGCAACCAACAUCACUUCCCUUGCCAUCUCCUGAACAAAAGCCCCUAUCUUAACAUCCCUAAUCCCCCUUACCUUGCUCUCCCUAGGAGGCCUCCCUCCCCUCACCGGCUUUAUGCCAAAAUGACUAAUCCUUCAAGAACUAACCAAACAAGACCUCGCCCCCACCGCAACCAUUGCCGCGCUCUCCGCUCUAUUAAGCUUGUACUUCUACCUCCGCCUCUCAUAUGCCAUAACUCUCACCCUAUCUCCUAAUAACUUAACAGGUGUUGCCCCCUGGCGACUGUCCUCCCCGCGGCCAACUCUUCCCCUUGCCAUCCUCACAAUAACAGCAGUCACCCUACUUCCUCUCACCCCCGCCAUGGCCGCCCUAUUUAUUUUCU